AUGGCGGCUGCGCCCCCCCGCGACCGCGACGCCGCCCGCUCGCGCGAGGUGCGGCUGUGCCUCGAGAGCUGGCAGACGGCCCAGGGCUCGGCCAUCAACGUCGCGCUCACCGUCGACAACAUCGGGCUCGCCAACCUCCAGCGCACCGGCUACACGCCCCAGCCGCCCCCCGACCGCGCCCUCGCGGCCUUUGCCCAGCUCGCCGUCCUGCGCCUCGGCGUCGAGCGCGCCAUGGUCUCCCUCAUCGACAGCUCGACCCAGACCAUCCUCGCCGAGGCCAACCGCGAGGACAGCCACUCGGCUCCCGACGGCGCCGUCCGCCCGCCCACCGUUCUCUGGCUCGGCACCACGACCCUCGCCCGCCACGACGCCGUCUGCGAGCACUGCCUCGCCAGCACCUACACGACGACCUCGACGGCGCCCGACGGCCGCCAGCAGCACCACACGACGCAGGCAUUUGUCGUCCCCGACUGCAGCGUCGACCCCCGCUUCCAGGACCGCCCCUACGUCCGCGACAGCCCCUACAUCCGCUUCUACGCCGGAGUGCCCAUCAUUUCGCGUGCCGGCCACAAGAUUGGCGCCUAUGCCGUGUCCGACGGCCACGUCCGCGACGGCCUCAGCCUCGAGGACGUCCAGUUCAUGCAGGGCAUGGCCCGCACCAUCAUGGAGCACCUCGAGUGGGCGCGCGACCGCGUCGACCGCUUCAAGGGCGAGCGCAUCGUCCGCGGGCUCGCAGCCUUCAUCGAGAGCUCGGCCGGCCCG